CGCCGAGAAACAGCGGUCGCCGGCGAGCGGGCGGCGGGAGUGAGCGCGGAGCGGGCCGCCGCCGCCGAGCAGCCCUCCAGCCGUCGGUGCGUCCGUCCGCGAGUCCGGCGGCGGGUCCGGCGGCCGAGCCCAUGCAGCCGCGCAGCGAGCGCCCGGCCGGCAGGACGCAGAGCCCGGAGCACGGCAGCCCGGGGCCCGGGCCCGAGGCGCCGCCGCCGCCGCCGCCGCAGCCACCGGCCCCUGAGGCCGAGCGAGCCCGGCCCCGGCAGGCCCGGCCCGCGGCCCCCAUGGAGGGUGCGGUGCAGCUGCUGAGCCGUGAGGGCCACAGCGUGGCCCACAACUCCAAGCGGCACUACCACGACGCCUUCGUGGCCAUGAGCCGCAUGCGGCAGCGCGGAAUCCUCUGCGAUAUUGUCUUGCACGUGGCUGCCAAGGAGAUCCGAGCCCACAAAGUCGUGCUGGCUUCCUGUAGCCCCUACUUCCAUGCCAUGUUCACAAAUGAGAUGAGUGAAAGCCGCCAGAUGCACGUGACGCUGCAUGACAUCGACCCCCAGGCAUUGGACCAGCUGGUGCAGUUCGCGUACACGGCCGAGAUUGUGGUGGGCGAGGGGAACGUGCAGACCCUGCUCCCUGCUGCCAGCCUCCUGCAGCUGAACGGUGUCCGUGACGCCUGCUGCAAGUUCCUGCUGAGUCAGCUGGACCCGUCCAACUGCCUGGGCAUCCGGGGCUUCGCCGACACACACUCAUGCGGCGACCUGCUCAAGGCCGCCCACAGGUACGUGCUCCAGCACUUCGUGGACGUGGCCAAGACUGAGGAAUUCAUGCUGUUGCCGCUGAAGCAGGUGCUGGAGCUGGUCUCCAGUGACAGCCUGAAUGUGCCCUCCGAGGAGGACGUCUACCGCGCUGUCCUGAGCUGGGUCAGGCAUGACGUCGAGGCCCGGAGGCAGCAUGUCCCGCGGCUGAUGAAGUGCGUGCGGCUGCCCCUACUGAGCCGCGAUUUCCUGCUCGGCCACGUGGACGCCGAGAGCCUGGUGAGGCACCACCCGGACUGCAAGGACCUGCUCAUCGAGGCCCUCAAGUUCCACCUGCUCCCCGAGCAGCGGGGCGUGCUGGGCACCAGCCGCACACGGCCGCGGCGCUGCGAGGGUGCUGGGCCCGUGCUCUUCGCCGUGGGUGGUGGGAGCCUGUUUGCCAUCCACGGGGACUGCGAAGCGUAUGACACGCGCACCGACCGCUGGCACGUGGUGGCAGCCAUGUCCACGCGCCGGGCCCGGGUGGGCGUGGCGGCUGUCGGCAACCGGCUGUAUGCCGUGGGCGGCUACGACGGGACCUCAGACUUGGCCUCGGUGGAGUCAUACGACCCCGGGAGCAACACGUGGCAGCCCGAGGUGGCCAUGGGCACGAGGCGCAGCUGCCUGGGCGUCGCCACCCUGCACGGUCUCCUGUACGCGGCCGGUGGCUACGACGGGGCCUCCUGCCUCAACAGCCUCUCCAGGCGCAGGUGUCAGCUGCGGUUCUGCACCCGCAGUGCUGAGCGCUACGACCCCCUGACGGGCACGUGGACAUCAGUUGCUGCCAUGAGCACCCGCAGGCGCUAUGUGCGCGUGGCCACACUCGAUGGGAGCCUGUAUGCUGUGGGCGGUUACGACAGCUCGUCGCACCUGGCCAGCGUGGAGAAGUACGAGCCCCAGGUGAACGCGUGGGUGCCGGUGGCCUCCAUGCUGAGCCGGCGCAGCUCGGCGGGCGUGGCGGUGCUGGAGGGUGCGCUCUACGUGGCCGGCGGCAACGACGGCACCAGCUGCCUCAACUCUGUGGAGAGAUACAGCCCCAAGGCCAGCGCCUGGGAGAGCGUGGCCUCCAUGAACAUCCGCAGGAGCACACACGACCUGGUGGCCAUGGACGGCUGGCUGUACGCCGUGGGCGGCAACGAUGGCAGCUCCAGCCUCAACUCCAUCGAGAAGUACAACCCCCGGACCAACAAGUGGGUGGCGGCGUCCUGCAUGGUCACGCGGCGCAGCAGCGUGGGGGUGGCCGUGCUGGAGCUGCUCGCCUUCCCGCCUCCCUCCUCGCCCACGCUAUCCGUGUCCUCCACCAGCCUCUGACCCGGAGGCGGCUCCGGAGGCCCCGGCGCUACAUGCCUUAAACCCCCGCGGGCGGCCCAGCUGCCCCCCGCCCCCACCGGCCGUCCAGGCUCCGGCUGACCUCAUCCCUGCGUUCCGUCCUGGUGUGCUGGGGCGGCCCACUUAUUUAUUCACGUGUUGAUUCACUUAUUUAUUGACUUAUUUGUUGGUGAGGGGCGGCACCGCGGCCACUGACCUGUGUGUUUACUCCAAAUGUGUGGGGCCCUCCUGCGUCUCUGGGGCCAAGCCACCCUCCGGAUGUUCUCCCACCUGCUCCCUACCCCGGCAGCUUCCCUGGAGGGGUGAUGGAGGGACACACAUUGCCCCGGGCAGCUGGCUGCCCCACAGGGGGAGGUUCACUGCCCCAGAGCAGAGGGAGGUUAGUGGGAUCUGAGCUUGGCUCAGGAGACCUGGAGGGACGGACCAAUGGGGCCAAGGCUGUGGGGGGCCAGGAGGAGCCACCUCCUUUGAGCAGGUGCAGCUCCCCCCCAGCACCUCACACACCCCCAGGCUCUGCCAGUCUCUCCUUCCCUGCCUGGGUCUGUGGCGUGGUGUCCCCUUCCCGGACCCUGCGCUAGGCUGGGCACAUGCACACACCUGUGCACACCCGUGAUAACAUGUGUGCACAUGGACCUGACAUAGCAAUACAAGCCGACUUGAAUAAUAAACUGUUUCUUGGACUCCA